AUGUUUCAGAGGCGUUUCCGAAUAACAAAACAGCGCUUCAUGGAAAUUUUCGAUGUACUCCAAUCGGACCGCUUUUUUACUCAGCAGAAAGACUGUACAGGUAAACUGGGUCUAAGUGGACUACAGAAAGCGACAGCUGCUAUCAGGGUUAUGGCAUAUGGCGGAGCUAGUGAUGCAUUGGACGAAUAUUUAAGAAUAGCUUCGUCAACAGUAGACAUUUGCUUGCGCAAGUUUGUGGAACUUUUGCUGCGAAACUAUGAGGAAACGUACCUUCGCAGUCCCACAGCAUCAGAUUUGAGAUUGCUGCUGUCGCGAUCCUCUGAUAGAGGCAAAAUCGCAAGCGGGACAUAUCCACCUCCAUUGCAAUAUAUCAUAAAUGGACAAGAGCGAAAUAUCCCUUAUUGGCUCGUAGACGGCAUUUAUCCGAAAUGGCCCUGCUUUGUCCACUCUAUUGCUGAGCCAGGUACUCCUAAAGAAAAACUGUUCUCAAACAGACAAGAGUCAGAGCGAAAAGAUGUGGAGCGCGCAUUCGGGGUUCUCCAGGCAAAGUGGCAUGUUAUUGCAAGACCAGGCCGCUUCUGGAAUAUCGACUUUAUGCACAAGGUAAUGAAGUCUUGCAUCAUAUUGCAUAACAUGUGUGUUGAGGACAGGGUUGUGCACUGUGACACAGACAAUGACGCAUUCGAUCUAGGGGGCGAUAUAAAUUUACCAAUGUGGGGGAGCUCAAGUGAUAGUACUGUAGUGACAGCUGCAGCUCCCGAUAGUAUUGAGGCACUUUGCGCCGCAAGUGCUUUUACGAGUAAUGCUGUCGAGUACUUGAACACAAAAAAGCUCGUCAUGGACCACCUGUGGGAUCAUGCAGGCAGCCACGAGCUUGAAUAUUAG